AUGAUCGCCCGAGGUUGGAACUACCUGAGGACUUGGCACGGCGCGCGGAGCAAUGCUUGCGCCAAGGCAGUGGAGAACGGCGAAGCACCUCCACUAGAGCUGGAGAUCUUGGAAAAGGAGGAGCUCAGUGGCGACCUUGGCCCGCGGCAUUUCCACGUGAAGGCUUGGGGUGAAGAAAUGCACGGCACAGUGGUGGACCUGCCCUGUCGGGUGGAGAGUCACAUUUUGCCGCCUGGAGCCAGCCAGGCCUUGUACAAAUCCGCAGAUGUGGCUCAGAUGCUCAUCGUUCACAGGGAAAAUGAAGUCCCAGGGGCAGAGAGGUAUUUGGACAAGAAGACCUUCAGAUGGAGGUCGGGCCUAACACCUCCAACUCAGCUGGUGGUGGACCGCAGAUUCCGAGGGGUGCCCCCAAGUCACUCCAUGUUCGCACCUGCCUUGAUUCGAGAAACCAACGCGGCCCUGAAGAGCCGAAUGGCAAAUCAUCCUUUCACCUAUGAGGAAGAGGGUGAAGUGGACGAGGCCUUCUGUGAAAACAUCCGCAAGGAGGAUCCUCAAAGUGUUUGGCGGCCACCUGAAGGCUUGGCUGGAAGUGGGCCAAGCAAAGCACCAGGACACGCGUCAGCUGCCAGCCCGGCGCGGCCAAACCAUCGUGCCUCACCGGGGCCAGCGUCGGUGCUUUCGCAGAAAGGACACGCGUCAGCUGCCAGCCCGGCGCGGCCAAACCAUCGUGCCUCACCGGGGCCAGCGUCGGUGCUUUCGCAGAAAGGACACGCGUCAGCUGCCAGCCCGGCGCGCCAUCGUGCUUCACCGGGGCCAGCGUCGGUGCUUUCGCAGAAAGGAGCUGCUAGCGAAGUGUCCGCACGUUCCGACGCAAAUACCGAGGGAAAAGCCGUUAAGAAGCUGAAGAUCACCGCAAAGAAAAAGUAA